CACUGAAUGUGCUGGACGGGUUCUGGGAUCUAAAUUAGGGUUUGAAUCUAGUUUUGCAUUUUUUAAUUGAAUCAUCUUCGAAACGAGCCUUAAGUUCAACAAUGGAUGCUGCUCGAUCUCAAGAACGGUAUCAAAACGAGAUCAAUUGGGACAAGCUUGAUAAAAAGAAAUUCUAUAUCUUAGGCGCCGGGAUUUUUACUGGGAUUACAGUUGCACUUUAUCCCAUUUCAGUUGUCAAGACAAGAUUGCAGGUUGCUAACCAUUAUGCUGCAGAAAAAAAUGCUUUUUCUGUGUUGAGGGGGGUUAUUAAAGCAGACGGGAUUCCCGGUUUGUAUAGAGGUUUUGGUACAGUCAUCACUGGUGCAAUUCCUGCCAGAAUUAUAUUUCUCACGGCAUUGGAGACAAUAAAAGUAGCCUCUUUUCAGAUGGUUGAGCCAUUCCAAUUAUCAGAACCUACACAGGCGGCCAUAGCAAAUGGUAUUGGUGGCAUGUUGGCAUCUCUUUGUUCACAGUCUGUAUUUGUUCCAAUUGAUGUGGUUAGCCAACGGUUGAUGGUGCAAGGAUAUUCAGGGCAUGCCAACUACAACGGGGGCGUAGAUGUUGUUAGGAAAGUCUUAAAAUCUGAAGGCGUUCGCGGAUUGUAUAGAGGAUUUGGUCUCUCUGUUUUAACAUAUUCCCCAUCAAGUGCAGUUUGGUGGGCUAGCUAUGGUUCUAGCCAGCGCUUCAUAUGGAGCCUUUUGGGAUAUGGGACUGAGAAGGGUCUAACUGAUCCUAGCCAGGGAAGGAUAGUAUCAGUUCAAGCUGCUGGUGGAAUUAUUGCGGGAGUUACUGCAUCUUGUAUUACUACUCCAUUAGAUACCAUAAAAACGCGUUUGCAGGUGAUGGGUCAUGGAAAUAACAGACCUAAUGCAAGACAAGUAGUGAAACAGUUGAUUGCAGAAGAUGGUUGGACAGGAUUAUAUAGAGGAUUGGGUCCAAGAUUUGUCAGCAUGUCUGCUUGGGGCACCUCAAUGAUACUUGCCUAUGAAUAUCUCAAACGCUUAUGUUCAAAGGAGUAAAUAGGUUCAUGAAUGCCACAGCGCCUUUUCAUGCUUGUGGUCUCAACUUUGGAGUCAAAACACCGUCACAUUCAGAGGACAAUGAAGUCUGUUUUCUGUCCCGAAAAAAAUGGCUUGCUUGUAAUAGUUUUGAGUGUGGGAAACAAACACUCCUUUUCAGGAUUCUUUUGUAUAUGAAGGCAUGCAAAAUAAUACCAGUGAAACAUUCUUUCCUUUUGGUUUUCAUGAUUUCUCAAAUGUAAAACUACACAAACUCAGCUAUUUCUACUUUUCUGUGUAUCUGUAUAAGUUAGGUUUCCAUAGGUACCGUAAUGGGUGCUCAGCACAAGGAAUACAUUUCACCACUAGAUAAAGAUCAAAUCCGUUAUGGUCAUUCUAGGGUUCAUCAAUUGUGUGCACUGUAAGCGUUUUUAAUUGUUGCUUCUACACACACAGUAUUUAUUCAUACAUAAUCAUUUUGAAAGUUCAAACCAUUUCGAUAUAGUUCUUCACAAGUGACAUAAUGAGUGCAGAUGUUACUAGGGGUGGACAGUGGACCUGUCUGAGUUUCUAAACCAACCGGCGCUUGGCCACUUUUUGGGUCCAAGAUUAGGACUGUUUUUCCGAUAUUUAACCCAGAAACAAGUCUAAAUUCUAUUUGGUUUUGCUCCUCCAAAAUAAGACAGUUCUAGCCAGUUUUGGUAUCGCUUUUUAUUAAAUAAGCUUAAAACCUGGGUAGGAUCUUAACCAGAUUGGGAGUCAAAAUGUUCCGAUUUGGAACCAGACUGGCAUAACUUGUUUGGGUUUCGAUUCUUACCUUAAUAGGAACUGGAACUAGUUGGUCUGGAGUCUGAUCUGGUGCACCGUGGUGAGUGAUUUGUACAAUUAUUCUGCUGCUCUUUAUUAACGAACUUGCUGGUCAAUUGAACCCUCAGAGUAAAAAAACAUAAAUGAUCAAUAUAUAAAUGCCAUUUUUAAUUUAGCAUUGGCUAAAUUGGGGCAUUUUUAAUUUAGCAUUGGCUAAUUUGUACAUGAACUAACUUAAAGUGUUCAAUUAGCCUUUUAUAUAGGAGAUUCUGCCCGGCCGUCGCCAAUUGGGGCGUUUCCCGGUGGAAUUUUUUGAUGAAAUUUUUUGAGCAUCUUCUUCAUUAAGUCUAGUUUACCCAUAUCAAAUUUCAGCUAAAAAUUAAAUCGGGAAGGCAGUCAAAUGAUUUUCCGAAAUGUACUGCGUUGUUUAACUGCGCAGUUAUCUUCAAAAAAUCAUUUAACUGCCUUCCCGGUUGAAUUGUUAGCUGAAAUUUGGUAUGGGUAAACUAGACUUAAUGAAGAAGAUGCUCAAAAAAUUUCAUCAAAAAAUUCCACCGGGAACCGCCCCAAUUGGCGACGGCCGAACAGAACCUCCUAUAUAAGGGGCUAAUUGAACACUUUAAGUUAGUUCAUGUACCUAUUUGACCCUUUAGCCUUUAGCAUUUUAGCCCCUGAAGUAUACCAAAAAAGUCAAUUGAAACCCUCAAAGUAAAUAAGAACACCCAAUUAAGUCUUUGAAGUACACAAAAAUGAUCAAAUUUGUAAUCUAGCAGGUUACUCCUCGGUUAUCUGGUAACUGUGUUGAUGUGUCAUUCCAGAUGUUAUUUUUGACAUUUUUCUUUAUUUCAUUUUUUUCCCUUCGCUUUCCCAUUUUUCUCGGCCCACCUCCCCCUUUUUCUUUAUUUUUGGCCCCACCUUCAUCUUCUUCCUCGCAGGAUCCGGUUACCCUUUCUUCUAUGGCUACUUUACUUUCCAACCAGCUCCAGAAUCAAUUGCAUCGUUGCUACCGGAGAUCAAAGAAGACUUGCAUCGUUGGUGCCAGAGUGGAGGGGUUCGGUUCGCCCUUCACAGCCGUCGGAGAUGGGGGGCCAUCAAUGGUUCCGAGGGAGGUUUGUGUUGGAUGAUGUCGAGAUCUGGUCAGCUACCGGUUCCAUCUUCUCCAGUGGUUGCAACAAUAAAGAACAUAACUCUAGUGUAUUGCAAUAAAAAGAACAUAACUCUUGCAAGAAAGAACAUAACUCUUGCAAGAAAGAACAUAACUCUUGUAAGAGUUUAUUGUUCUUUGAGAGUUUAUUGUAAUACAUUUAGUUUUAUUGCAAGAGUUUAUUGUUCUUUGAGAGUUUAUUGUAAUACAUUUAGUUUUAUUGCAAGAGUUUGAGGAUUGAAUCGAAGAGUUGUGUUCUUUAUUGUAAUACGUAGUACCCCGUAGUAUGACUUUAUUCAAGUGCAAUAUUAAGUUUAGUGAUCCAAAUCAUUUCAGAAUCCUCACUAUAAUCAAGUUUGGUGUUGAUGGGCUUGAUUUAGUUUUUGUGCAAAAAAGGGAUAAGGCUCAAAUUAGACACUAUGGUUUCAUCAAAAUAUCAUAUUAGACACUAAGGUUUCAAAUGGACCAAAUUAGACACUAUAGUUUCAUAUAUAUCUCAUAUUGGACACUAAAGUUUCAUAAUUCAUAGUUUUUGGACACUCACUUAUAUUGGAUAAAGAUCAAAUUGGACACUCACUUAUAUUGAAUUAUGAAACUUUAGUGUCCAAUAUGAGAUACAUAUGAAACCAUAGUGUCUAAUUUGGUCUAUUUGAAACCUUAGUGUCCAAUAUGAGAUUCUGAUGAAACCAUAGUGUCCAAUUUGAGCCUUAUCCCUAUAAAAAAAGGUAAUUAAACAAGUGAGAUGACCUUUUAUGUUAGGAUAAUUAUAAUUGGAGACUAUUUAGUAUUUACACUUUACAGUCUUUAAUAAAAUUUGAGGAGUAGAUGUAUGUCAAUACCCCCAAUGCACCUUUCUCUUGUGUACGAGCAUCUAAGCAAACUCUCAAGUAGCCCACUCUUUCGCUGGCUUCAUUGGGUGGCGGCUCCACCGCUCCACCGCCCUUGCUUACGAUAUUAGUCAUGCCGCCAAUGUUUAGAAGCGCGUAGCAGCUUCUCCAUGGCACCAAAUUACGCCCCAUUUGUUAGGAGUUCUGUUCUUUUUUUCUGUCCUAUUCUCAUUUAGGCUUACUUUUCAAGAAGUUAAAAAGGAACUCAGA